AUGUCUCCCUUCCCUUACGCGGCGCUGGGAUCCAGCCUGGAAAAGGUCCGGCGCGAGCCCCUCCGUCGGCGAGCGAUUUUCGCUGGAUCCCUUCCCCGCUGCCGGAGAAACGCGCGGCGGAGGCCGGAGCGAGCCGGGCAGGGAUCCCGCCUCCCCGUGAACCCCAGGAGGCUCAGAGGCGGAGGCAGGCACCGGCGGGCGGCCGGCCGCGGCCCGAGCGAGCCCGGGCGGGAUUCGGCGAGCUGCCCUUGGUCCCGGCGUCCAAGGUCAUUUCAGUCCCGCGUGUCGGAGCUGGAGCGGAGCCACCCCGGGAUGCUGGAGAGGAACGGCCGGAGCCGAGCGGCGCUGGCAGGAGAGAAUGAGGCGCGACGUCAAGGCCGGAGGGAGCCCCGCGCGUCUCUCCCGCGAUGUCCCCGGUGUUCCCCCCCCCGGGAACCGGGGGGUCACGGCGGGGACAGAGCCGAGACCCGGGUCCCGGGAUACCCGCAGGUCAGAGGGUCUCAUCUCACCGGGAGCCGCUCCGAGCGCCCCGCGGCACGGAGGGAGCCCGGAGGGAGGCGACCCCCGGCCUGCGGGGCACGGUGGGACUGCGGGUCUCGGCCACCGCCGGGGCCGCGCCCGGGGCAGCCCCGGCGCAGAUCCCAUCCCCGCCGGCGCUCAGAGCCCCUCAGGCGAAGCCGGCGGGUCGCCGGCGGGCAGCGGCGGGACUUCUCCCCGGCCCGGCCCGCCCGGCCCGGCUCGGUCCGUCUCUUCACGGAAUGGGCGAGGGGGUAUCGGUGUUUCCGCGCUCCCCUCAGCGCGGCGCCGCCGGCCGGGACAGGCCGAGGGCCAACACCGGCUCCGCGGCGGCGGCGGGAGGGACGCGGCCCCGGCCCCUCCGGCCCCGAGGCCCUUCCCGGCCCCAACCCCCUCAGUGCCGGGUCCCCCCAACCCCGGGGCCCCCCGAGCCCCCCCGCUACCUGCGCGCGGCCCCGCGCGCCGCCGUCAUUCCCCGCGCGCCCCGGCCUCCUCGCGCCGCCACGGCGCCCGCCCAUUGGCCGCCCGUCGCCUUCCACCCCGCCCAUUGGCCGCACACUGCCGAGCCCCGCCCCUUCCUUCCGCCCAUUGGCUCCCACCGCCCAGUCCCGCCUCCGCCACACUGAGCACCGCGUCCCGCCCCCGCAGGCCCCGCCCACCACCGUGAGGGCCGGAGCCCGGCGGGGUCCCGGCCCUCAAAGCGACCGCGGUACAGCCUCUUAA